GGCCGGAGAGCUACAGCACGGAGCUGAGAGGCCUAUGGAUGAGGAGGACGCGGCGGCCCCGGUUUGUUCUCAUGAACAAGAUGGAUGACCUCAACUUGCACUACCGGUUUCUGAAUUGGCGGAGGAGGAUUCGGGAGAUCCGAGAGGUCCGGGCUUUCCGGUAUCAGGAGAGGUUCAAACAUAUCCUUGUGGAUGGUGACACUUUGAGUUACCAUGGAAAUUCUGGUGAAGUUGGCUGCUAUGUGGCGUCUCGACCGCUGACCAAGGACAGCAAUUAUUUUGAGGUAUCCAUUGUGGACAGUGGCGUCCGGGGCACCAUCGCUGUGGGGCUGGUCCCCCAGUACUACAGCUUGGAUCACCAGCCUGGCUGGUUGCCUGACUCCGUGGCCUACCAUGCUGAUGAUGGCAAGCUGUACAACGGCCGUGCCAAGGGGCGCCAGUUUGGCUCAAAGUGCAAUUCCGGGGACCGGAUCGGCUGUGGCAUUGAGCCUGUGUCUUUUGACGUUCAGACUGCCCAGAUCUUCUUCACCAAAAACGGGAAACGGGUGGGCUCCACCAUCAUGCCCAUGUCUCCAGAUGGGCUCUUCCCAGCAGUUGGUAUGCAUUCCCUGGGUGAGGAGGUGAGGCUGCACCUCAACGCGGAGCUGGGCCGUGAAGAUGACAGCGUCAUGAUGGUGGACAGCUAUGAAGAUGAAUGGGGCCGGCUACAUGACGUCAGAGUCUGUGGGACUCUGCUGGAAUAUUUGGGGAAGGGCAAGAGUAUCGUGGACGUGGGGCUGGCUCAGGCCCGGCACCCACUCAGCACCCGUAGCCAUUACUUCGAGGUGGAGAUCGUGGACCCUGGAGAGAAAUGCUACAUCGCCUUGGGGCUGGCCAGGAAGGAUUAUCCCAAGAACAGGCACCCCGGCUGGAGCAGAGGGUCUGUGGCAUACCACGCAGAUGACGGGAAGAUCUUCCAUGGCAGUGGUGUGGGGGACCCCUUUGGGCCACGCUGUUACAAAGGGGACAUUAUGGGUUGUGGAAUCAUGUUCCCCCGGGACUACAUUCUGGACAGUGAGGGGGACAGUGAUGACAGCUGUGACGCAGUGAUCUUGUCCCCGACUGCCCGGGCUGUCCGGAACGUCCGAAAUGUCAUGUACCUGCACCAGGAAGGUGAAGAGGAAGAGGAGGAAGAGGAGGAGGAAGAGGAAGAGGAGAUAGAGCAGGAGCAUGAGGGCAAGAAGGUGGUGGUUUUCUUCACCCGGAAUGGCAAGAUCAUUGGGAAGAAGGAUGCUGUUGUACCUUCUGGAGGCUUCUUUCCCACCAUUGGAAUGCUCAGUUGUGGGGAGAAGGUGAAAGUCGACCUGCACCCCUUAAGUGGCUAGAGGCUUCCCCGGCACAUCCGCCCUGCUCACCAGCAGGCUCUGGGAAGAUAUCACCCUGCCCCCACCAGCUCAGGGCCCAGUCAGGCUGGACCUUCUGUCCCUGGGCCGGAGCCUUUGGUGAUGGGCAGAGAACAGUGUUGAUAUACGGGAGGGUCCCCGUGCUUUGGUUAGUGGGGCACUCAGAUCCCCUUGUACCUCACUGGAUCCUGUGCGAGUUGAGAGGUGUGAGCCCACCUGCUAUUUGGGCCAAGGGUAGAGUCUAGGCACCCUGUCUCUAUUCACCACAUAGUUCCCCUGAAAUCUCUUCACUCCCUGCCCUCCUGGGAGCCGGAUGCUGCUGUCUCCCCCUGGCUGGGCUAGGGGGCCUGUCUUGGCCAUCUCCCCUUUGACUGGCUGCUGUCCUAAAUCACAUCUAGGGUCUCCAUUCUUUCCUCUGAGAGACAGCCCCACCCCCACACUAAAGCACCACAGAAAGCCUGAGCCUGGCUCCCUACCUGGCCACGUACAGAUUGCUCAGUGUGUGCGUGUGUGUGUGUGUGCGCGCGUGCGUGCGUGCAUGUGUGUGUGCAUGUGUGUAUGUGUGUGUUAGCAUGGGACUGUGGCCUUUGCUCCCAUCUCGUCUGCACUCUUCAAGGCACCCCUAGCCCUGGCUCCCCGAGAUGGGGCCAAGGCACCAGGGCAUGUAUUAUGUUGUGGCUGUCGCUCAGAGCCACCGCUUGGCCCCUCACCCCUUUCCUGCCCGCCCCGCCCCUGUGCCCAGCUUGCUGUGUGUGCCAGUUGACUCUUGGCUUCAGUGUUUGAUUCUAGCGUCUUCAUAGACCCCGCCCCUGCACCCAAGCCCCCAUCUUCUCCCCCCUUUCCAGGGGCUCUUGGUCUCAGUUUGCACAGUGGGUAGGACUGGGGGGGGGGCUGUGCUGCUGGGGCUCCUGCCCCUCCUUCCGGGCCUGCACUAUGAUGUAUGAAAUGUAUGUACAGACCAGAGAUGUUUAUACGCCCAAUAAAGACGGAGUUUCCAUAUUUAUCA